ACACAGCAAUCCCUUAAAAAAAAAAAAAAAACCAAGAAAUUAUUAAAAUGGCAGCAAUAAAAUCUGUAUUUUCACUGAAAUUCUGCCCAAAAGUGCCAGUGGUGGUGCUCAUGGCAUUGGUUUUGCACAGCCAAAUGGCUCAAUCUCAGACACAAACUUGUUCGACUUCACUUGCAAAUCUGAAUGUGUGUGCACCAUAUGUGGUGCCUGGUGCAGCCAACACCAACCCUAGCCUUGACUGCUGCACUGCAUUACAAGGUCUGGAACAUGACUGCAUUUGCAACACUCUCCGGAUCGCCUCCCGUCUUCCAGUCCUGUGCAACCUCCCUUCCUUCUCUUGUGGUGCAAACUAAAGUUGGAUGUGCUGAUGACUGCAGAAUAAUGUCAAGAGUCUUAAUAGUUUUUCGGACAUUUUUAUUUUCUUUUAAUAACGACAGAUGUCUAUUGAUCUGAAAUGCAACAUUUCAAUGUAAUGGAAGUCAGGGACAAUUGUAAUGAGAUAAAUUAAUAAA